AUGGCCGGCUCAAUCACUAAGCCCAAGAAGCCCAAGUCCAAGCGAACUCCCGUUCGUCUUCGUCACAAGAUCCAAAAGGCUUCCGCCGCAAAGCAAAAGAAGGAGCGCAAGCUCGCAAAGAAGAAUCCCGAAUGGCGAACAAAGCUAAAGAAGGACCCUGGUAUUCCCAACUUGUUCCCCUACAAGCAAAAACUGCUGGAUGAGAUCGAGGAGAACCGCAUCAAGAAGGCCGAGCUUGCGCAAAGAAGAAAGGAAUUGACCAAGGCCGCAAAGACUGGCGCCACAGACGACAAUGCUAUGACCGACGUUCAGGUCGACGUUUCUGAUGAGAUGGAGGAGGAUGAGGAGUUGGACGACGAUGUCGACGAGUCAAACCCCAUGGCUGCUCUUAUCGCCAGUGCUCGCGCUGCUGCCGCUACCUAUGACCGACAGCUUGCUGACGACGACGAUAUGGAUGACGACGACGAGAGUGAUGAUUCCGACAACGAUCACGGCCCUGAGAUGUCCAUUGGUCAGGCCUCUUCAAGGAAGACUUACGACAGAGUCUUCAAGCAGGUUGUUGAGCAAGCCGAUGUCGUCCUUUACGUCCUUGACGCCCGCGACCCCGAGGGCACCCGUUCUCGCGAGGUCGAGCGCCAGAUUAUGGCCUCUCCCGACAAGCGUUUAAUCCUAAUCAUCAACAAGUGCGAUUUGAUCCCUCCCAAGGUUCUCCGAGACUGGCUUGUCUACCUGCGCCGCUACUUCCCUACUCUGCCUCUCCGAGCUUCUGGCGCCGCUCCCAACGCACACACUUUCAACCACCGCGACUUGACUGUUCAGAGCACCUCUGCUACACUCUUCAAAGCUCUCAAGAGCUUCGCCGCCAGCCGACAACUCAAGCGUGCUGUUUCCGUCGGUGUUAUUGGUUACCCCAACGUGGGUAAGAGCUCAGUCAUCAACGCUCUUCUUUCAAGGAUGAGCGGAAAGGGUGGUAGCUCUUCAAAGGCCUGCCCUGCCGGUGCCGAGGCUGGUGUUACUACGAGCAUUCGCUCUGUCAAGAUUGACAGCAAGCUCACUCUUCUCGACUCCCCCGGUGUCGUCUUCCCCUCAUCCUCCUCGACACAGUCUGCCGGUCUUGUCUCUCUCAAGAACGCCACCGAGGCACACGCUCACCUGGUCCUUCUCAACGCUGUUCCUCCCAAGCAGAUCGACGACCCCAUCCCUGCUGUCACCCUUCUCUUGAAGCGCCUUUCUGCUUCUCCUGAUCUUAUUCAGAAGCUCACAAACGUCUACGACAUUCCUGCCCUGCUACCUAACCGCGCUGACGGCGAUUUCACCACUGAUUUCCUUGUCCAGGUCGCCCGCAAGCGAGGUCGCCUGGGUCGUGGUGGCAUCCCCAACCUUCCUGCUGCCGCCAUGACAGUUGUUACUGACUGGCGUGACGGUCGCAUCCAGGGAUGGGUCGAGCCUCCCGUUCUUGCCGUCGGAUCUACAGCCACCGCUGCCAAGCCAACCAUCAAGAACGCUGGCGAGGAUGAUAUCGCCCCUGAUCAGAAGCAGAUUGUUACCGAGUGGGCUGCCGAAUUCAAACUCGAGGGUCUAUGGGGCGACAACAGUGCUGACGUCGAUGAGGCUAUGGAGGAGUAAAGAGAGAACGAAAAAAGCUUUUUGGUGGUUUGUUGUCAAAAUUGACGGACGAUUUUAUAUGAGUUCUUCACUGGAAAGUUUGGCGUUUCAAGGAUGGCUGUUAGAACGGUUUAAAUCCGUGCAUAUACAUUCGUAAAAUAAAAAAUAAAACUAUCUGUCUACCCAAAAACGCCUGCAUGGUUGCCUUCACCAAGUGAAUCGUAGAUUAUGCAUUAUGCCGUAUACCUCCUCUCUGAAUCAACUUUUUGUCUUGUCUAUGCUUCGAUCAGCUCCAUCUUGACACCCCGCUUGCCAGUCAUCUCAUCCUUCUCGUCACGGACUCUAACCCUGACCUUCUGGAAUAGCUCGACCUUGAUCUCUCGGCUUCCCUUGGUUGUAAGCGUGUAAGUCUCGGCAUCGUACUCAGCCUCUGGCUCGGGCUCCGCAAGAUCUCUCAGUCGGAUCAAACCCUCGGUACCAAAGCGUGGAACAAGGACGACAAAACCGUUGCUGAAAAUCUUCAUAACAAACGCAUCUUCCUCGGCAACCUUGCCCUUGAGAGCUUGGCCAACGUAGUAGGCGAUACUGGCACGACCUGCCAUUUGGGCAUUGCGAUGCCUCACGUUGAUGUUUUUGCAGACGGCCUCAAGGCGUCCUCGGCUGCGAACGUUGGGGUGAAUGGCUUCGUAAUCAAUGGCGGCGGCGAGCUGUCGAUGAGCUAGAAGAUCGGCGUAACGACGAAUGGGGGAUGUGAAAUGAGUGUAGAUCUCUGACGCAAGACCGUAAUGGCGGAACUCGGGAUAGGCUUGAGUACCAGAGCAGAAAUACUCGGCGCUCAUCAU